CGCGCUGCCGGGAGGAGGCGCGCACCCGGCCCGGCACACCCGGGCGGAGCAGCCACCCGGUCUCCUGCAGCGCAGGGCGCCGCCCGCCAGCGCCGUCCUGUUCCCAGCGCGGCCGACCGCAUCCGCCGGGCCUGGUUCUGCAGAUCAGGAGCUGGAACACGGCACCUUCCUUUCCUCUGAGCUGUGCCUCCUUCGGCAGGCCGGAGCUCAAUAGGACUCCCUUGCUUUGCUGUUUGCUCUGAAGGGACCGCAGCAGACAAUGAGGAGAAAAUAAUGAAUGUCAAGGGAAAAGUAAUCCUGUCGACGCUGGUUGUCUCAACUGUGGUCGUCGUGUUUUGGGAAUAUGUCAACAGCCAAGAAGGCUCUUUCUUGUGGAUUUACCACACAAAGACCCACAGUUAUCAAGAAGAGGACGUAGAAAGAGGGAGAGAAAAGGAAAAACAUGAAAACAGUAUUCAAGAGCCUCCGCUGUGGGACUGGUUCAAUCCAAAGAACCGCCCGGAGGUUUUGACAGUGACCCCAUGGAAGGCGCCAGUUGUGUGGGAAGGCACUUACGACACAGCUCUGCUGGAAAAGUAUUAUGCCAGACAGAAAAUCACCGUGGGGCUCACAGUCUUUGCUGUGGGAAAGUACAUUGAGCAUUACUUGGAAGACUUUCUGGAGUCUGCAAACAGGUACUUCAUGGUUGGCCACAGGGUCAUCUUUUACGUCAUGAUGGACGACGCCUCCAAAAUGCCUUUGGUACAUCUGAGCCCUCUGCAUUCGAUACAAGUGUUCGAGAUCAGAUCCGAGAAGCGGUGGCAGGACAUCAGCAUGAUGCGCAUGCGCACCAUCGGCGAGCACAUCCUGGCCCACAUACAGCACGAGGUCGAUUUCGUCUUCUGUAUGGAUGUGGAUCAGGUCUUCCAAGACAAUUUUGGUGUGGAAACCCUGGGCCAGUUGGUAGCUCAGCUCCAGGCCUGGUGGUACAAGGCCAGCCCUGACGAGUUCACCUAUGAGAGGCGGGAGCUGUCGGCGGCGUACAUCCCGUUUGGACAGGGAGAUUUUUAUUACCAUGCCGCCAUUUUCGGAGGGACGCCCAUCCAUAUUCUCAAUCUCACCAGGGAGUGCUUUAAGGGGAUCCUUCAGGACAAGAAAAAUGACAUCGAGGCAGAGUGGCACGAUGAGAGCCACCUCAACAAGUAUUUCCUUGUCAACAAACCGACUAAAAUCCUCUCUCCAGAGUAUUGCUGGGACUAUCAGAUAGGCCUGCCUUCAGAUAUUAAAAGUGUCAAGAUAGCUUGGCAGACAAAAGAGUAUAAUUUGGUUAGAAAUAAUGUCUGACUUCAAAUUGUGAUGGUAGAUUCCUAAAUCUGACAGCAUUAUUCCGGCUAAUUCCUCAAAAAAAA